AGCUUGCGAGCGGAGCAUGGUAACUUCUCCUGCGAUCGGAGCGCUCACAUCAGUGGCAUGCUUCAGGGAGAUAUGCAGCUCGCGCUGCCCUCUGCACCAGCAACAUGGAUUGUCACGGCGCCCUCCUCCUCCUCCUGCUGCUGCUCCUCGGAUCUGCUCUCCGCUGCUGGGCGGAUCUGAGCCUCCAUCCCACCAACGAAGUUAAUCUGCUGGAUUCGAAAGCAAUUCAAGGAGAGCUGGGCUGGAUCUCGUAUCCAUCACAUGGGUGGGAAGAAAUAAGUGGUGUUGAUGAGAACUAUACGCCGAUCAGGACGUAUCAGGUUUGCAACGUUAUGGACCACAGUCAGAACAAUUGGUUGAGGACAAACUGGAUACCACGUAACUCAGCUCAGAAGAUCUAUGUGGAACUCAAAUUUACCCUGAGGGACUGUAACAGCAUCCCACUAGUUCUGGGCACUUGCAAGGAAACUUUUAACCUGUAUUAUAUGGAGUCUGAUGAUGACCAUUCCGUCAAGUUUAGAGAACAUCAGUUUACAAAGAUUGAUACCAUUGCUGCCGACGAGAGCUUCACUCAGAUGGACCUUGGGGAUCGGAUUCUUAAACUCAACACAGAGGUCCGUGAAGUGGGACCUGUUAGCAGGAAAGGGUUUUACUUGGCUUUUCAAGAUGUGGGUGCGUGCGUUGCCUUAGUGUCGGUGCGAGUGUACUUCAAGAAGUGCCCUUUCACUGUAAAGAACCUGGCCAUGUUUCCAGAUACAGUCCCUAUGGAUUCCCAGUCACUGGUGGAAGUGAGAGGUUCUUGUGUUAAUCAUUCCAAAGAGGAAGACCCACCCAAGAUGUACUGCAGUACAGAAGGAGAAUGGCUAGUUCCCAUUGGAAAGUGCUUGUGUAACGCUGGCUAUGAAGAAAGGGGAUAUGCCUGCCAAGCUUGCCGACCAGGAUUUUACAAAGCCUUUGCUGGUAAUGUUAAGUGUGCCAAAUGCCCGCCUCACAGUUCUACAAAUGUGGAAGGUUCUACGAACUGCAAGUGUGAAAAGAAUUACUUUCGCUCUGAGAGAGACCCUCCAUCUAUGGCUUGCACAAGACCACCUUCUGCUCCCAGAAAUGUUAUCUCCAACAUCAAUGAAACAUCAGUCAUCCUAGAUUGGAGCUGGCCUUUGGACACUGGGGGCAGGAAAGAUGUCACUUUCAACGUUGUCUGCAAGAAAUGUGGAGGAACAGCAAAGCUGUGUGAUCCGUGUAGUACUAAUGUGAGAUUCCUUCCACGUCAGAUCGGCCUCACCAACACCACUGUGACUGUGGUGGACCUCCUGGCUCACACAAAUUACACCUUUGAGAUAGAUGCAGUUAAUGGCGUGUCAGAUUUGAGCACCUUUGCAAGGCAAUUUGCUGCAGUCAUCAUUACGACCAAUCAAGCUGCUCCGUCCCCUAUUACAAUAAUUAGAAAAGACCGGACAUCCAGGAACAGUGUCUCUCUCUCUUGGCAAGAGCCUGAACAUCCUAAUGGGAUCAUCUUGGACUAUGAAGUCAAGUACUACGAAAAGCAGGAGCAAGAGACAAGUUACACCAUUCUAAGAGCAAGAAGCACCAAUGUUACCAUCAGUGGCCUCAAACCAGACACCACUUAUGUUUUCCAAAUCAGAGCUCGGACGGCUGCAGGAUAUGGAACCAACAGCCGCAAGUUUGAGUUUGAAACCAGCCCGGAUUCUUUCUCAAUCUCCAGCGAGAAUAGCCAGGUUGUAAUGAUUGCUGUUUCGGCUGCAGUAGCAAUUAUUCUCCUCACCAUUGUGGUUUACAUCUUGAUCGGGAGAUUCUGCGGGCAUAGUAAAUCGAAACAUGGAAUUGAUGAGAAAAGGCUGUAUUUUGGGAAUGGACAUUUAAAGCUCCCAGGCCUUAGAACUUAUGUGGACCCACAUACAUAUGAAGAUCCUACUCAAGCUGUUCAUGAAUUUGCCAAGGAGCUAGAUUCUGCUAGCAUAGCCAUCGACAAAGUUGUUGGGGCAGGCGAGUUUGGAGAAGUAUGCAGCGGUCGUCUAAAACUUCCUUCUAAAAAAGAAAUCUCAGUGGCAAUCAAAACUCUGAAGGUUGGUUACACGGAUAAGCAGAGAAGAGAUUUUCUUGGAGAGGCAAGCAUCAUGGGACAGUUUGAUCACCCCAACAUCAUCCGAUUAGAAGGAGUUGUCACUAAAAGUAAACCUGUCAUGAUUGUUACUGAGUAUAUGGAAAAUGGCUCUUUGGAUAGCUUCCUGAGGAAACAUGAUGCUCAGUUCACAGUCAUCCAGCUAGUGGGAAUGCUUCGAGGAAUUGCAUCUGGCAUGAAGUACUUGUCAGAUAUGGGCUAUGUCCAUCGUGACCUGGCUGCCCGCAACAUCCUCAUCAACAGUAACCUGGUAUGCAAGGUCUCGGAUUUUGGCCUCUCCCGUGUUCUGGAGGAUGAUCCAGAAGCUGCCUACACAACAAGGGGAGGCAAGAUUCCAAUCCGAUGGACAUCUCCAGAAGCCAUUGCUUACCGUAAAUUCACAUCAGCCAGUGACGCGUGGAGCUAUGGGAUUGUUCUUUGGGAGGUGAUGUCCUAUGGAGAAAGACCAUACUGGGAGAUGUCCAAUCAGGAUGUAAUUAAAGCCGUGGAAGAAGGGUACCGCUUGCCACCACCCAUGGACUGCCCAGCUGCCUUGUAUCAGUUGAUGCUGGACUGUUGGCAAAAAGACAGAAACAACAGACCGAAGUUUGAGCAGAUUGUCAGCAUCCUGGACAAGCUGAUCCGUAAUCCCAGCAGUCUAAAAAUAAUCACCAAUGCAGCUGCAAGGCCAUCAAAUCUCCUUCUGGACCAAAGCAAUGUUGAAAUCUCAGCCUUCCGCUCAACAGGUGACUGGCUCAAUGGCAUUCGGAUAGGACAAUGCAAGGACAUAUUCACAGGUGUAGAAUACAGCUCGUGCGAUACGAUAGCCAAGAUUUCCUCAGACGACAUGAAGAAGGUCGGUGUGACGAUUGUGGGGCCACAGAAAAAGCUCAUUAGCAGUAUUAAAUCUCUAGAAAUGCAUACAAAGAAUGGCCCCGUUCCAGUGUAGGCUACCAAAACGUUGGCACUCGAGACACAACGAGAGGAAGCAAGAAGUUGCUGCAGAGGUCAUGGUGAUGAGUGAAAAAGUGCAAGACUGAAAAGGCACUCUUGUAGCAUUGUUGGAAGCGUGACAUUUUGGGCCCGUUCCAAGCCCACUAAGAGACUCAUACGUUGAGUUAAAUUGCCUUAAAAUAGGAAUGAAAAACUUUUCUCUCUCUCUUAUUCUUGAAGGGAGGGGGUGCCUUUCCCACCUUGUAAUAAUGGACUGCUCAAACAUAUACUGCAUUUGAAAGAAAAUGUUGGUUUCUUUGUUUUAUUAAAUCCUUCCAUGUAACUUAGAACCAUUUCAAUGCUGAUGGACUGAAUAUCAAGAAAGGCAAACAACUAAACAGUGGAUGUUAUGCUAGGUUUUGACCAAUUGUCAGCAGAAAGCAAGAGAGGGAAAUACCCUUGCAGUAUUUUUUUUAUAUGCAGAAAGGAUAGGUGACUAGUAUUUUAUUUCUAUAAAAAAAAAAUUGUAAUGCUCUUUUGGGGAUAAUACCUCAGCUCUGUCUGGCCAUAUCUGCAAGGAUAUUCUUGCAACAUUCUGUUUCGACGGUGGAAGGAAAACAUGAAUAAUGUUGGGUAUAAAAUGAGGCAAUAGUUCAUGAAUAAUAUUUGCUGUUGGGGCUGGUUUUGAUGCAUGUGUUCUUAUAAAAAAAAAGUCUUAAUUUUUCUUUUAAAAGGCAUAUUUAUUUCCCUUUAAAUGUUUUCUUAUUGUUUAUAUUUAUAUAUGUUUUGACUGGGUUUAAUUACUACCAAGUGCCAAAUCCUCCCAGACUUUGGCUGCAGCCCCAGACAUUGGGAAGAAAUUUCAGUACAAGUAGUGAGACAUUACUUUUAAGAAAAUAGGUCCCAAUCUAGAGGAUCUGAGGUAAGUGAAGAAAGAGGCCUACAUGCCCACAAGUGAGUAAAUUUUCAUGCACCAUGUUCUGGGUAAUAUAAUCCAAUGAACCACACAAUCAUUUUUCUCCAAGGAAAACAGCCAUAGUGAGCUGUUCGUUAUUUUCUUGACAACUUAACUCAAAGUUGCAUAACUGCAUGUACUUAACUGUUUGCAGCGUGCUCAAAGUGUUGAAUUGUGCCAGAUUUUUU